AUGGAUGCGUUGACGCGACACAUUCAAGGAGAGGUACCAUGGUGUAUGUUAUUUACAUAUGACAUAGUGCUGAUUGAUGAGACGCGUUGUGGGGUUAAUGCUAGGCUAGAGGUAUGGAGACAUACCCUGGAGUCUGAAGGUUUCAAGUUGAGCAGGACGAUGACAGAGUACUUGGAGUGUAAGUUUAGUAUUGGCGCUCAUGAAGCAGAAGUGGACGUGAAGCUGGAUACACAAGUCAUCCCCAAGAGAGAUAGUUUCAAAUAUCUUGGGUAUGUGAUACAGGGUAACCGGGAAAUCAACGAGAAUGUCGCACACCGUAUUGGAGCCGAAUGUAUGAAAUGGAGGCUCGCUUCUGGUAUUUUGUGUGACUAG